CGUGAAGAUGGUGUCACAUCAAAAGACUAUUCUAUUUGGUUCCUCGAUCCGUCGGCGGCAUAUUCUGUUAUCGAUAAUUGCUUUUAUUAUUAUCCUUUAUUAUUGUACUUCAGAAACAAGUCCAGCUGAAGUAUUCCAAUAUCCUUGUUAUAUGGACUCGUUAAGCGAGAGCUCAACUAAAGGACUUGAACGACUUGAAGACGUUUUGCUAUCAGAUAUAACACCUCCGCCGGGAAGAAGUAUAUUCUUUCAUGAAACCAAAUGUCAUCCAAGUGACAGACCAAAUAUAUUCAAUUUAUCCGCUAGACAAGCAUGUUCUAUUGAAUCGGCAGCUUUGAAUAAUCCGAAUUUUCAAGUUUUCCUAUUAUUUGCAACUCCCACCUAUACAUCGGAUGACCAAAAGAAUCCCAUACUUGAUGCGCUUCGAAGUUACAAGAAUAUAAAUUUGCGUUAUUUGAAUAUCUGGCGUUAUGCCAAAGAUACACCCAUAGAGGAGUGGGUUAAAAAAGGCGAUGUCUUCCAAUCAAAAUUUCUGACGGAACACAUGUCCGAUUUGCUGCGCUUGAUUACCCUAUAUCGAUUCGGCGGCAUCUAUAUGGAUUUGGAUGUUGUGGUUCUACGCAGUAUGGAGCAUGUACCGCUAAAUUAUGUGGGAGCCCACGAUAAUGUCACCCUCGGCAAUGCUGUGAUCAGUGUGGAGCCCAGAGGCAUCGGUCACGAGAUCUCUGAAUUAUUCUUGGAUUACUAUCAGAAGCAUUAUAGUGCCGAUGUUUAUGUGUCCAAUGGCCCCACUCUAGUAAGCCGCGUGGUCAAAGGAUUCUGCAACCACACUUCAAUGAAGCAAAUGCAAGAAGAUCCCAAAAACUGUCGUGGAUUUAAAGUGUUCAAUGAGACCGCGUUUUACCCAUUGCAAUGGCCACAGUGGCAGCAUUUUAUUUUACCCGAGUUUAAGAACGAUACAUUAGAGAAGACCAAGGACUCGUACCUAAUACAUUUUUGGAAUAAGUCGUCCUACCAGAAACUUUUCAAAGUAGGUACCGACAAUGCUUACGGCAGUUAUGCUUCAGCCAAUUGUCCCAAGACCUAUGCAGCAGCAGCAGGAACAGAUUUCUAAAUCUAGAAUAAUAAAUAGUUGCUUUUCGUAGAAAUAAACCAAUAUGUUACAUACAAUUAGUACAACAGUGUUCGGUUCUUAUGUUUUCUCCCGCUGGCGAGCGAUGGGAAAUUUUACUUUUACUUAAUGAAAAAUGUUAAAUAACCCAGUUUUAAGACUUUUAUUAGCCCACACGUCAAGAGCUUCAUACAAUAGUUUUUUUUCACGUCAGCACUGAAAAUGAGUAUUUCGGCAAGUCAACAUCGUACCACGUACAAAAGCGGGAGAGCAUUUCUUAGACAUAAACAUCUGUUAAGCAGUUCACUUCUCUACUA